AGACUGAGGCGCCGUCGGGACGCGACGCGGCGCGGCGGCGGGGGGAAAAUGGCGCUGACUCAGGGGACCAAGCGGAAAGUCUGCUACUAUUACGACGGGGACAUUGGAAACUAUUAUUAUGGUCAAGGUCACCCCAUGAAGCCUCAUAGGAUCAGGAUGACUCACAACCUUCUUCUCAACUAUGGUCUUUACAGGAAAAUGGAAAUCUAUCGACCUUACAAAGCAAGUGCUGAGGAGAUGACCAAAUACCACAGCGACGAUUACAUCAAAUUUCUGCGGUCCAUUCGCCCAGACAACAUGUCUGAAUACAGCAAGCAGAUGCAGCGAUUCAAUGUUGGAGAAGAUUGCCCUGUGUUUGACGGACUGUUUGAGUUCUGCCAACUUUCUGCAGGAGGCUCCGUUGCAAGCGCCGUGAAACUAAACAAGCAGCAGACGGACAUCGCCGUGAACUGGGCUGGGGGCUUGCACCAUGCCAAGAAAUCAGAGGCUUCUGGCUUCUGUUACGUCAAUGACAUCGUCCUGGCUAUCUUGGAAUUGCUCAAGUACCACCAGAGAGUCUUGUACGUUGACAUCGACAUCCACCAUGGCGAUGGUGUGGAGGAAGCGUUCUACACCACAGACCGUGUCAUGACAGCGUCCUUCCAUAAGUAUGGGGAAUAUUUCCCAGGAACUGGGGAUCUGCGGGAUAUUGGUGCGGGCAAAGGAAAAUAUUAUGCUGUCAACUACCCUCUCCGGGACGGGAUCGAUGACGAGUCUUACGAAGCCAUUUUCAAGCCGGUGAUGUCUAAAGUGAUGGAGACAUUCCAGCCAAGUGCCGUUGCACUGCAGUGUGGCUCGGAUUCCUUAUCGGGGGACAGGUUGGGUUGUUUUAAUCUGACCAUUAAAGGUCAUGCCAAGUGCGUGGAGUUUAUCAAAGGCUUUAAUUUGCCCAUGCUGAUGCUGGGAGGUGGUGGCUACACCAUCCGUAAUGUGGCCCGGUGUUGGACAUACGAGACGGCUGUGGCGUUGAACACAGAGAUCCCGAAUGAGCUUCCUUACAACGAUUACUUCGAAUACUUCGGGCCGGAUUUCAAACUCCACAUCAGCCCUUCCAACAUGACCAACCAAAACACCAAUGAAUACCUGGAAAAGAUCAAGCAACGUCUCUUUGAGAACCUGAGGAUGCUCCCCCAUGCCCCUGGAGUGCAGAUGCAGCCAAUUCCAGAGGACGCCGUGCCGGAGGAGAGUGGCGACGAAGAAGAGGAAGAUCCUGACAAACGGAUUUCCAUUCGCUCUUCGGACAAGAGAAUCGCCUGCGAAGAGGAAUUCUCGGACUCGGAGGACGAAGGAGAAGGCGGACGCAAAAAUGUUGCCAAUUUCAAAAAGGCUAAACGGUCAAAAACGGAAGAACAGGAAAAGGAGGAGGAGAAUAAGAAAGCAGAAGUACACGAAGAGGAGAAGAGAAAAGAAGAACCAGCAGAGGCCAAAAGCAUAAAGGAAGAGGUGAAACCCACCUAA